GGACACUGGUGACUAUAUAGAGAGUAGAGACAGUAUAGUGUGAUCUGAAYACUGAAUUUCUGUAUACACGUGCACACUUCCAAAUAAAAAAACAUUAAUUAAUAAAUUAUAAAAGUAUAACUUAUCUAUUCCUGUUGUAAAUCAUUUCUAUGCUGUCUGACAGUAUAUAAAAUAAACACAAAUAAUCUAUUUAUUUUCAAUUAUCAUGAGAAGAAGUCGUGCACCAUCUCAACAGUUUCCACUUGUUMCUAAAGAGGAUAUUGAAAAAGGAGUGAAAGUCAUAAGAACACCAUCUGAAAUUCUUGCACUGAUUAAGACAUGCGAUAGUACAACAAUAAAAAAUGUUUCUAGUGCAGUCCAGCCUGCUAGUCAUAUCAUCAAGAAUUGUGUUACACCUUUGCAACUUCCUCAAAAUAUACCAACAAAAAUUCUUAAGCCUGUAGUUCAUAAAACGAUAAUUAAGCCUAAUAUAGAUGUAUCAAAAAUUGAAGACCAACAAGAAGUUAAAGAGAAUGUUACUCUAUCAUCAAAUACUUUAGGAAAUAAAAAAUAUAACGUUACUUGGGGCAAACAAACAAAAAAGAAGCACAAAACUUGGGAAGGCGAUGGGUACUUAAUUGUAACUGAUAAAUUUGCAGCUCUCCAUGAUUUAGAUGGUCACAAAUUAGGAACUACCAGUGACUUAAAAUCAUUAAAUUUAGAAGAUGGUUCAAUUAUUGUUGUUGGUAAUAAGCAAGUCCAAGUAUUAGAUUUAGUUACAGAAUGUGAUAUUGCAAUGAUUGAAAAAUCAAGUGUUACUUCACGCAUAGGACCUCCCCGUAAACGACCAAAGAUAUUAGUAGCAGAUGUUUGUUCUCCUGACGCACUCAUCAUGCCUGAACCUGAUAUUGAUCAUCAAUCUUUCUUCAACAAAAAAGAAGAAGAAAUCACUUCAGUUGUGCUUGAACCUUUUUUGGCAAAACACCUAAGACCUCAUCAAAAAAGUGGCAUAGUUUUUUUAUAUGAAUGUGUUUCUGGAUUUAAAGAUCAAGAAUAUUUUGGUGCUAUUUUGGCUGACGAAAUGGGCCUUGGCAAGACAUUACAGACUAUUUGUUUGGUUUGGAUGUUACUGAAGCGAGGACCAUAUGGAGGUAUUCCAUUGGCUAAAAGAGUAUUGAUAGUUGCUCCUAGUAGUCUUGUAGGAAAUUGGGAAAAUGAAUUUACUAGGUGGUUAGGAAGAGAUAGACUAAGGCUGUUUUCUGUAGAUCAAAAAAAAAAACCGUCAGAGUUUGCUAGAUUACCUGCUCGGAGCUAUCCUGUAAUGAUAACUUCAUAUGAAAUGUUAGUACGUUAUAUUGAAGAAAUUGAAAAACUAACUUUUGAUUUGAUGGUUUGUGAUGAAGGCCAUCGAUUAAAAAAUAACAGUACUAAUACUUAUAUAGCAUUAACAAAGAUAGAAUGUAAACGAAGAGUUUUAUUGACUGGUACACCAAUUCAAAAUGAGCUUGCUGAGUUUUAUGCACUUAUAGACUUUGUGAAYCCUGGAAUAUUGGGAACUUAUUCGAUGUUUAAACGUGAGUUUGAGGAUAAAAUUGUUGAAUCUCAACAACCGGAAUGCCAUCCACAAAUAAUUUCUCUGGGAAAACAAAAAGCUUCAGAACUUAAUGAAGUAACAGAAAAAUUUAUUUUAAGAAGGACUCAAGAUGUUAACAACAAAUAUUUGCCUUCUAAAUAUGAAUCUGUAGUAUUUUGUGCAAUGGCUUCUAUUCAGUCCCGUUUAUAUGAAGAAACUGUUUCAUACUGGGAAAAUCGUGUACAAGAAUUUGGUUUGAGUACUAUUUCACACUUUAGUGUUAUUACUUUGUUAAAGAAAAUUUGCAAUCAUCCAGAGUUAAUACUGAACAACCAAAAUAACUCCGAUACUACUGAAGAGACCUUAAGUCAACAUUUGAAUGGCACUAUUACUUUAAAACAGUCAUUAAUAGAAAGUUCAGGGAAACUUACAGUUGUUGACAACAUAUUAAAAGAGUUGCAUAAAAAUGGAUCUGAAAAAACAGUUUUGAUAUCAUAUUAUACUCAGACUUUAGAUGUAUUUGUAAAGUUAUGUGAUAUGAAACAUUAUAAAUAUUUGAGACUUGAUGGAUCUACUGCUACUGCUCAACGAACAGAUAUAGUUAAAAAAUUUAAUGAUUCAAACUCUGAUUACAGUGUUCUUUUAUUAAGCGCAAAAGCAGGUGGUGUAGGUUUGAAUCUUGUUGGUGCAUCAAAUUUAAUUUUAUAUGACUCUGAUUGGAAUCCAGCUUCUGACCAACAAGCUAUGGCUAGAAUUUGGAGAGACGGUCAGAAAAAAAAUGUUCACAUUUAUAGGCUACUAACAAGUGGUACAAUAGAAGAAAAGAUAUUUCAAAGACAGAUUAGUAAAACAGGAUUAAGUGAAGCCAUUACAAAUCCAGAUAAUCAAAAUAAUACAAAACUGUCAUUUGAUCAAUUAAAAGAUUUAUUUAAUUUCAAAAAAGAUGUUUUGUGCUCAACUCAUGAUUUAUUGGAAUGUAAUUGUGGUGGAAAAGGUGUAGUUCUUAGUGAUGAUAGUGCAUUUGAAUGUAAUGACAACAAAUCUGAAGCACCACUAAGAGUUAAUGAACUUAUGAAAUGGGAACAUCAUUCGUCACCUUUCAACAAAAAURUAUUAGAAGCCAUGAACUUAUUUGGAGUAUCAAAAACUAUUCGCUUCUUGUUUAGGAACAAAGCAAAUUAAUUGAAAAUUCAAUAGAAUAUCUGCCUUAAGAUCCUCAUACUUAUUGAGUGCUAUAUCUAUUAAU